UUAUCUGUCGUAUAAGUUGAGUCAUUGAUUGUUGUAUCUCAGUCAAAAUGGUUGCCCAAGCUCAUGCUGUCUCUGUGUCUCUUCAGGACCUCAAGGAUGGCAACGUUCCGUUUGAAACCCUCAAAGAAGCCUUUGGUCCUGAUUCUCUCGGAAUUCUCGUCGUAAAAGACGUUCCCAAAGAAUUCCCCGAACUUAGACACCAAGCUCUCUCCUACGCCUCAUACCUCGGCAACCUCCCCAAGGAAGAACUUGAGAAGCUUGAAAACGCCAGAGCUAAAUAUCUAACUGGCUGGUCCCUCGGAAAAGAGACUCUCAAAAAUGGUCAAGUCGAUACCUUCAAGGGCUCAUACUACGCCAACUGCGCAUUCUACAUCGACCCAUCUCUUGAAUGCGCCAAACCAACUGAAGAAUUCUCCAUCGACACAUUCCCCGAAUAUCUUGCCCCCAAUGUAUGGCCACCAGAGAAUGUCCUUCCAGGCUUCAAGCCCUCUGUCACCUCGCUAUGCCGCCUCAUCAUUGACGUGGCUGUCCUUGUUGCGCGCGCUUGCGAUCGCUUUGCGCAAGAGGAUAUCCCAGGUUAUCCGGAUGGAUACCUAGAGCACGUUGUCAGCACUUCUAGCACCACCAAGGCUCGUCUGCUGCAUUAUUACCCUCAAGAAAAUGACCCCGCUGCCAAUGGCGGUGAUGAGGAUGAUUGGUGUGCUACGCAUUUGGACCAUGGAUGCUUAACUGGACUUACAUCAGCGAUGUUUAUCGACGAGCACAAGACAAGUCCUGCUGUACCGGAAGUCACAAACUUGAAUGGUGCUUCUCUUCCACCCCUUGAUGAGCUUCCCUCAUCCCCUGAUCCUUCAGCUGGUCUGUACAUCAAGUCUCGUACAGGCGAGACAGUUCAGGUCAAGAUUCCUCGCGAUUGCAUCGCUUUUCAGACUGGUGAGGCUCUUGAGCGUAUUACUGCUGGUCGCUUCAAGGCUGUACCUCACUUUGUCAGGGGCGUAAGAGCUAGUGUUAGUGAUGGAAAGAUCGCUCGUAACACGUUGGCGGUGUUUACUCAGCCUAAUUUGGGUGAAGAAGUGGAUAUCAAGCAGCACCUCACUUUUGGAGAGUUUGCUCGGGGUAUUGUUGAUAAGAAUACUGUCUCAUGAUAGCUUGGUCAACACGCAAAUACAAAUUUUACGAUGCAGUUUUGAGUCA